CGGCUUUGUGCUGCCGCUCGCACUUAGCAGGCGCGGCGGGACUGGGAAUUCCGGGCGCUCCAGACAGUCUCGCAGCCUCCUCCUCCUCCGGAGCGGGGCGCAUGAUGGCGGCAGCCGCCGUAGCAGAGGUGAGCAGCGCCGGCAGCAGCAGCACCGAUACCUCCAGCACGGGCGAGGAGGAGAGGAUGAGGCGCCUCUUCCAGACCUGCGACGGCGAUGGGGAUGGCUUCAUCAGCAGGAAUGACUUGCUGAUGGUGUGCCGCCAGCUGAAUAUGGAGGCGUCUGUUGCAGAGAUCAUGCACCAGCUGGGAGCAGAUGAGAAUGGAAAAAUUUCCUUCCAGGAUUUUAAUCAGUGCCACAUGGAACUGGUACAGGAAAUCAAGAAGGAGGAAGUGGAGCUUUCUGUGAAAUCAGAUGACUCUUGUAAAAAGAAAAAGUUAAGGGAUAGAGUAGCUUCCUGGCCAACUAGCAGCAAUAACAGUUUAGGUGCCUUAUCAGGAGCCAGAGAAAGCUGGGAGUAUGAUUCAGGAGCAAGAGACCUUCAGAGUCCAGACCUCCACAGUUAUUUUAUGCUACAAAAGGUGUUGGACUAUGGUGGAAGCAAUGUGACUCAACAAGCUGCUCUGCAAAGACUUCUAGCUCAGGCCUCAAAUUUUAGCAACUCAGUUGGAGGAAGCUACUUAGAGCUUACCAACACUCUUCAUUUAGCAGCCCUGGCUUCAUUAAAGGGAGACAUCGUGGAGCUUAAUAAGCGUCUACAACAAACAGAAAAGGAGCGUGACCUGUUGGAAAAGAAAUUGGCAAAAGCACAGUGUGAGCAGUCCCACUUGAUGAGAGAGCACGAGGAUGUGCAGGAGCGAACAACGCUGCGCUACGAGGAGCGGAUCACAGAGCUGCACAGCAUCAUUGCCGAGCUCAACAAGAAAAUCGAUCGGCUGCAGGGAGCAACCAUAAGGGAGGAGGAUGAGUACUCAGAGCUGAGGUCGGAGCUGAGCCAAAGCCAGCAGGAGGUUAAUGAAGACUCGCGCAGCAUGGACCGGAACUCUGUCUCCGUGCCAGAGAACCAGUCCACCAUGGUCACUGCAGAUGUGGAUAACUGUAGUGACUUGAAUUCAGAACUUCAGAGAGUGCUGACAGGUCUGGAAAAUGUUGUCUGUGGAAGGAAGAAAAGCAGCUGCAGUUUGUCCGUCGCAGAGGUGGACAGGCACAUUGAACAGCUCACUACUGCCAGCGAACAUUGUGAUUUAGCCAUUAAGACUGUGGAGGAGAUUGAGGGUGUGUUGGGACGUGACCUUUAUCCAAACCUGUCUGAGGAGAGAUCUCGGUGGGAGAAGGAGCUGGCUGGCCUGCGGGAAGAGAAUGAAAGCCUCACAGCCAUGUUGUGCAGCAAAGAGGAGGAGCUCAACAGGACCAAGGCCACCAUGAACACUGUCCGUGAGGAGAGGGACAGGCUGCGUAGAAGGGUUCGGGAGCUGCAGACUCGUUUGCAGAGUGUGCAGGCCACGGGCCCAUCCAGCCCGAGCCGCCUCACUCCUGCCAACCGCCCCGUCAACCCCAGCACGGGAGAGCUGAGCACCAGCAGCAGCAGCAAUGACAUUCCCAUCGCCAAGAUUGCUGAAAGAGUGAAGUUGUCAAAGACAAGAUCAGAGUCUUCAUCAUCUGAUAGACCUGUCUUAGGAUCAGAAAUCAGCAGCAUAGGGGUGUCUAGUACUGUGGCUGAACAUUUGGCACAUUCCCUUCAAGACUGCUCAAACAUCCAGGAAAUCUUCCAGACUCUCUAUUCACAUGGAUCUGCUAUCUCUGAAAGCAAAAUCAGAGAAUUUGAAGUGGAGACAGAGAGAUUAAAUAGCCGUAUUGAACACCUGAAAUCCCAGAAUGACUUGCUGACAAUAACACUGGAGGAGUGCAAGAGCAAUGCAGAGAGGAUGAGCAUGCUUGUGGGCAAGUACGAGUCCAAUGCCACAGCCCUCAGGCUGGCACUGCAGUACAGUGAACAGUGCAUAGAAGCAUAUGAGCUGCUGUUGGCAUUGGCAGAAAGUGAGCAGAGUCUCAUUCUUGGACAAUUCAGAGCUGCAGGUGUUGGUUCUGUUGGGGACCAGACAGGUGAUGAAAAUGUCACACAGAUGCUUAAGAGGGCUCAUGACUGCAGGAAGACAGCUGAGAAUGCAGCAAAAGCCUUGCUGAUGAAGCUGGAUGGGAGCUGUGGGGGAGCCUAUGCAGUCACAGGCUGUAGCGUGCAGCCCUGGGAAAGCCUCUCCUCCAACAGCCACACCAGUACUACCAGCUCAACUGCAAGCAGUUGUGACACAGAAUUUACAAAGGAGGAUGAACAGCGGCUGAAGGAUUACAUCCAGCAGCUGAAAAACGACAGAGCAGCAGUGAAACUGACAAUGCUGGAGCUGGAAAGCAUCCACAUUGAUCCCCUUAGUUAUGAUGUUAAGCCACGUGGAGACAGCCAGAGGCUGGACUUGGAAAAUGCAGUCUUGAUGCAGGAACUCAUGGCAAUGAAGGAAGAGAUGGCAGAGCUAAAGGCACAGCUUUAUCUGCUGGAGAAGGAGAAGAAGGCUUUGGAAUUGAAGCUGAGCACUCGAGAGGCCCAGGAGCAGGCCUACCUCGUCCAUAUUGAGCACUUGAAGUCUGAAGUGGAAGAGCAAAAAGAGCAGAGAAUGAGGUCUCUCAGCUCAACCAGCAGCGGAAGCAAAGAUAAACUGGGCAAGGAAUGCAGUGAUGGCACCGCAACACCGCUAACACUCGCUGAGCUGAGACCAUACAGUGAGAGUGAACUGACUGCAGAGCUGACAAAUGCACUCAGGAGGGAGAAGAAACUGAAAGCAAGAGUGCAGGAGUUAGUGAGUGCCUUGGAGAGACUCACGAAGAGCAGUGAAAUCAGACAUCAGCAGUCUGCAGAAUUUGUUAAUGACCUUAAAAGGGCAAACAGCAACUUGGUAGCAGCUUAUGAAAAGGCAAAGAAAAAGCAUCAAAACAAGCUGAAGAAACUGGAAUCACAAAUGAUGGCCAUGGUGGAGAGGCAUGAAACCCAAGUAAGAAUGCUCAAACAAAGAAUAGCUUUACUGGAAGAAGAGAACUCCAGACCACACACCAAUGAAACUUCACUUUAAAUGCAUCUCUUUAAAGGAUGCUUAGUGCCAUUACAACUUUCUUUCUUUUGGAGGUUGACUUUUAGGUAGCUUCAAAUGUUAAAAGCUCUGAUUGUCAAUGCUGACAAAAUUUAAAAGCACCUUCUCUGGGAUCCUAGAGAGGUGUCAUGGGGAUAAUAAAAGUGUUAACCUUAAGAACUGUUUCAUAAUGUAAAAUGGCAGUGCCUGAAUUAUCGUGCUAUAAUUGUGUACAUUGUCUGUGUAUUCAUACAGCCUCUCUUCCAUUUUAUUGAUGGCUCGUGGGUGACAGCAUCACGCAGCAGAAUAAUUCAUGUUCAGAGGUUUGCAUUUGGGUAAAGUUUGGAGAUCAUGUGAGAGUUUUCCCAGUCCCUGAGCUCUCUCUGCACACAAGUCAAUACUGUACCCUCAAGACUCACUGUUGUGGUUAUACCACCAAACAGGCAGCUGCAGAAUGGGGAUGACAGCCUGGCUGGCUUUUUCUUUACACCCUGCUUGCAGUUCUGCUGCUCACAGUGCAGGUCAGGUAGGAAAACUCCUGCUGAUGUGGGGAAAAAAGCAAGAAAGCAUAGUUGCAUCACUGUGAAUUAUGAUAAAGGUGUAAUUUUUACAGUGCAUAAGAGGGCCAAAGGCUGUGGGUUUCACCACACCAGAGAGACAGUCUAUGCCAAGGGUGGGUAGGAAAUUACGGAAGACCUCCUGGUAUUUAUAUUGCAUGGUGUUUGCAACUGCUUCAUAAAAACAGUUGGUUUUUCUUGCUAUAUACACCAUAUCCAAGGUUUUCUUUAAGAGGCCAGGCCAUUUUUGUUAUGUGUGGUGUGCUUAUUUCAGCUUACUGUGAUCAAGAGGCAGAAUGUCUUCUUUCUAUACUUUUUUUGACCCAAAAAAGGUACUUAAGUAAUGUACCUGUUUAAUAUUGAAUACAUAAGCAGAAAAUGUGUAUAAAUAAAAUAAAUGUGUAGACGUAUGGAUAUCCAGCCACAAACAGAAUGUGAAUGGUGAAGUCUUACAGCUUCUUAGGUUAGUUUUGUUACUGCUAACAUUCUCUUGUUUAAAUCGCACUAUUACUGUAUUAUCAAACUGACUGAAGUGCAAGUUUCAGCUUUUUAGAUUAAUGAACAUUAAGCAAAUCAUGGGGAUCAGGUUGAUUUCUGUAGGAGUGAAAAUACAGGAGUCUUCCAUAGCACUUGUUUUAUUCAGAAUUUGGUUUUUUUUGACAGAGUACAUAAAACAGCUUCAUGUGUGUUUUAAAAAAAGCCAAGCUAUAGUCCCUUCACUGUGCUUGCCUGCUGCUGUGUUAUGCCUCUGCUUUGCAUUUUCCAGGCUGAUUUCCAGUGAAUCUGAUUUCAGGAGAUGUUUAUUGGUUUUGCUUUACAUGUUGAGUUGCACCUCAAGUUUUUUUACUAGUGUAUUUAGAAUUAUAACUUCUCUCAUUUAUUCCUCCCACUACCUGUACUAAGGAAAUACUUUUAGAAGACUUUUUUUGCCUGCUACUGGGUUAGGUCAGUCAGACAAUAUAGUUGUGAGAAUUUGUCUUCAGAAUGUGGCAUUAUUGUUAAGUCUUGGUUACGUCUGGAACUGUAGCAGUUGGUUUUACUUCUCUUACUACUGUAGCUGCUGUUGUCUUCUGUCCUUGGAGUAGUCAUUCCUACUUCUCGGGAAUCUAGCACAUCAUCCACAAAGCCAGCAUCACACAUAAUUGAUUGCAACAGCAGACUAAAACAGUGCUGAAUUCAAAAUUUUUAGGUAGUGGUAUUCUGGUUUUGAUUGGUCCUCUUUCUCAGAAUAAUUGCACUUCUUAAUUUAUAAUUAGUCUCUUGAAGGAGGAGGAACAUUGAUUUCUUCUGUCUUUAUGGUUCUACUUAGCAGCUCUCUAUGGUGUUUUCCCAUUUUUUGGCCCAAUUUCUCAUGCCCAGGGAUGUGGGAGUUUGCCAUCAGCUUUAGUGAUACCUGAGCACACUUGUUCUGAAGAAACACAAAGGAAAGUAUAUACCAUAUGCUGGGCAAAAAUGCAGUUACACUUUUGUGUUCUGGCAUCUGAAACACCCAUGUUACUUGAGGUCACCCCAGAAUGUCCAUGUGAAAUACCUUUCACUGGAGAGAACAGAAACCAUACUGCACUGGGCUGCCUCUUUGGCUAAUUCUUUUCCCCUAUUUAGCAUAAUGGAAUUAAAGGAUGAUUUGGGUUGGAAAGCACCCUAAAAAUCAUCUUGUUACAAACCCUUUCUGUGAGCAGGGACAUCUUCCACUGGACCAGGUUGCUCCAAGCCCCAUCCAACCUGGCCUUGAACAUUCCAGGGAUGGGGCAGCCACAGUUCCUCUGGGCAACCUGGGCCAGUGCCUCAGCACCCUCACACAGAAGAGUUUCUUCCAUAAAAAAAUUCAGAUACACAGAGGCAUAAAACACUGCAGCCUCAGUGCUUUUCCCAGACAAUUUGCUGAUUAUUUCACUACAUUUAGCAUGAAUCUUCUGUGCCAACUGUACUCUAGAAGGGCUUUAGAAUAAAUUACAAAUCACCAGUAAAUGUAAACCACUCCCAUUUCUUUCCCAUAAGGGUUGUAGGUGAGAAAGCAGCAUUGGUACCAUCCAGCCUCAGCAGUAGCCAUAGUUUGCCAGACUACCAGUUGAUUCAUUUGCCUCAGCAAGCACCUACUGCACCAUUUGUUGGUGUGCUGGAAAGGAUCAACAGAGGAGUGGUCACAGGUUUCAUGUUUCUGUGAAAACUGCUCAAUAAUGAUAAUCAGCUGCAGCUCCAGUGUCCCCCAUUAAAAUGGCACCAACCUGCAGAAAAAAUGCCAAAAACCCCUCAAACUCCUUUUAUGCAACUCUGAAGUACCAGCACACCAGAAAUACCCGAGUGUGCAGUGCACCAUGAGUUAGAGCAACUUAACUCUUAAUACUGGUUGCAGAAAUAAUAAAUUUGCAAAGCAAGAAAAACAGGUGAUUCUUACCAACCUAAGUCUAUUAAUGAAUUACUGAUUGGACUUCUUUUGAUUUUCUUAAGUCACCAGAGUGCAUGAAACUUUGUAUUUCAGAGUGCUCAGAAAAAAAAAAAAAUUUCUGUGAUGUACAAAUCUUCACCAGCUUUAAUGUACUGUUAGCUAUUGCAAAGCACAUGUGACUAAAUUUGCAUUCAUGUCAUGUUCUACUGGUUUUAUUAGAAUUUUCUCCUCCUUUAGUACUGCACCAUGCAUUGUAACUUUAGAAACUUUUCACCUUACUGAAUUAGCUUUAAAUGUAUUGCUACCUUUUAAUUUCCUAGCACCUGUAAAAUAGCUAUUUUGUGUUCAUUUGAUAUAGAAUUGUAAAAACUGCAUUUAUUUAUACAGAGGCAUUUAUAAUACUUAUUUUACAAAUGUUCUUAUAUUCUGAAUAAAUUUCUAAUGCUGUU